GUGAUUGAUGAUGGAAUGGGAUGUUCAAUUAUGCAAGUUUGGGGCGACGUCAUUUCCAGGUACACAAACCGCUGCCAGUAUACCAGAUUUGACAGUUGCGCUAAGGCCGUCAAAAACAACACAAUGGCUAAUUACACCGAGGAUCAAAUGGCUGAGUUCCAAGAGGCUUUCCAACUCUUUGACAAUCGUGGAGAUGGGAAGAUCCAUGUUGCCCAAAUUGGUGAUGCUUUGAGGGCCUUGGGUCAAAACCCUACAGAGUCUGAUGUCAAGAAAUACACUUUCCAGCACAAACCUGAUGAAAGGAUCUCCUUUGAGGUGUUCUUGCCAAUUUACCAGCAAAUUUCGAAGAGCAGAAUUCCAGACACCGCCGAAGACUUCAUCGAAGGUUUACGUCAUUUCGAUAAAGACGGAAACGGUUACAUAAGUUCCGCCGAGUUGCGCCAUUUAUUGACAACUCUUGGCGAGAAAUUGACCGACGAUGAGGUUGAACAACUUCUGCAGGGACAGGAGGAUUCCCAAGGCAACGUGAACUACGAAGACUUCGUGCGCCUUAUUAUGACUGGUUAGAUCGAAAAUAUAUCAAUUUGCUAGUGCCUGAAGGAGGAUUUCAACAGCAUUUAACCCACUUAAAUUAUUUUAAUUAUUUUUUUUUGAGACUUAAGAGAGCAACAACUUAAACGAUU